UGACAUCACCCCUCACGUCUCAGCUUCCAGGUUUCCGCUGCUGGAUAAACUGCGUGCCGGAGAUAAGACGGUGCAGCAACAACACAACUCGGCUGCCGGUUGAGCCGGAUACACAAUAUAACGAGCACUUCUUUUCCUUCGUUCUUCCCUUUUAUCUUCACAUCGACGGAGUCACAGAACCCCACAGCAUAUCACUCGAGCCAUGGACAAAGCGCAAGCACUCGCCGCGAAAGCCACCCCCGGCGGCCCGGGGAUUGAGCUGUACUCCGCGAAAUUCUACGGCGCGUGCACCAUUGGCGGGAUGCUUGCUUGCGGCGUAACACACACCGCCGUCACCCCGCUAGACCUUGUCAAAUGCCGCAGACAAGUGGAUUCGAAGCUCUACAAGGGCAACUUCCAAGCGUGGAGCACGAUCAUGCGGGCCGAGGGCGUGCGCGGGAUCUACACCGGCGGCUCCCCCACGUUCUUUGGGUACAGUGCGCAGGGAGCGUUUAAAUACGGCGGAUACGAGUACUUCAAGAAAGCGUACUCGACGCUCGCGGGCCCCGAGAACGCCGAGCGCUACAAGACCGGAGUCUAUCUUGCUGCGUCGGCCAGUGCAGAGUUCCUGGCGGAUAUCGCGCUGUGCCCGUUCGAGGCGGUCAAGGUGCGCAUGCAGACGACGAUUCCGCCCACGUUCACAGGCACCUUCCAGGGCAUCUCGAGUGUGGUGGCGAAGGAGGGCGUGGCUGGCCUGUAUAAGGGCAUUGUCCCGUUGUGGGGGAGGCAGAUUCCUUACACGAUGAUGAAAUUCGCCUCGUUCGAAACGAUCGUUUCGAUGAUCUACGCGCGGCUCGCGAAGCCCAAGGACCAAUACGGCAAGGGCGUGCAGACGGCGGUAUCCUUCACGGGAGGCUACCUCGCCGGAAUCCUGUGCGCGAUCGUAUCACACCCGGCAGACGUGAUGGUCUCCAAGCUGAACCAGAAGCGCGCGCCCGGCGAGAGCGCGGGCCAGGCCACCAGUAGAAUCUACAAGCAGAUUGGGUUCGGAGGGUUGUGGAAUGGUCUGCCUGUCAGGAUCGUCAUGAUUGGUACCCUCACCGGUCUGCAGUGGCUCAUGUAUGAUUCGUUCAAGAUCAUGGUCGGACUGCCGACUACGGGUGGCGCGGCUGCGGAGGAGGAGAAGAAGUAGAAUGGGAUAGAGAAUGGGGAAAAUAAGGGGAAGAAGGAGGACGGAGCGAGGUUGCUUUGAUUUGGCGUAAUAUACCAACCAGUCUUUAUUCGUUCAUUAUCA